UCAUGUGGCAUUAACAAAGCCAUAGUCUGUGACAUUCAAGUUGUGAAUAGCAACGCACAUUCGUUACUAAAACGAAUAAUCUCGAAAUAAACAUGAAAACUCCACCCAACCAUUUUCGAAGAAUAUUUUGCACUGAUUACUUUAAGGUUGCUCAGUAAAAUAUAUAAUGGAACACGCUAUAUACUAAAACAAAUUAGGAGUUAUCUAUGUACAAAUAAACUUUUAAAACGUCAGUUAAGCGAAAGUGUUACAUCAACAGACAGCAUCGACAGUAAUAUGAGUGAUCAGAAAACAGAUGUGGAAGAAAAACCUUUAAAAGAUAAUAAAAAUGAAUUCAAAACCAAAACGCUGUAUGAGAAAAUAUGUUAUAUCAAAUGUAACGUGACGGUUGAACCAAUAUUUGCUGGACUAGUUAUAGGAUCUAUGCUUUCUAGAAUAGCAAUACAAAAUCUUAAUUUGGACAAAACGUGCAGAGUGAAAAAAGAUUAUGGGGAUGUUAUUUGCGAUGCGCUUAUUGAAAGAAAAGGUAAUCAUACUGAAGAAGAAGGAGAAAUACAGAAGAUUAUAUCCCAAAUUGAAACGUGGAGGAGCAUAAUACAGACUGCAGUGCCUACCUUGCUUGUGAUUUUCAUGGGUGCUUGGAGUGAUAGAACAGGAAAUAGGAAGAUUUGCAUUCUCUUACCAGUGAUAGGAGAGAUCUUGGUUUGCGCAAGCAAUAUUCUGAGCACUUAUUUUUUCGAUGAGAUUCCUGUAGAAGUGACGAUGUUCCUAGAAUCUAUAUUCCCUGCUAUUACUGGUGGAUGGGUCAUGAUGUAUCUUGGAGUCUUCAGCUACAUAAGUGACAUUACGACGGCAGAAUGCAGGACUUUCAGGGUUGGCUUAGUUAAUCUUUGCAUGACGUGCGGUAUUCUCGUUGGCACCUCCUUAAGUGGAUUCCUCUUAAGGUUUGGAGGAUAUUAUGGAGUAUUUUUCACGACAGGAAUCAUACAAUUAGCUAUUGCUGCAUAUGGAUGCAUAUAUUUGAAGAAAAAUACUAAACCUGAUCAAGAUUCAAAUGAGAAGGACCCUAUAACAGCCAAAUACCUUAUAACGGUGCAGAAAGAGACAGCUUCAGUUGUAACCAGAAAACGAGAGGGCAAUAUCAGAAUGAAGAUCAUAUUAACACUCAUAGUUGUAGCGAUGGCUUAUGGCCCAAACCAUGGAGAAUCUAAGGUGUUAUAUUUGUUUCUGCGCUACCGUCUCAAUUGGGAUGCCGUAAAGUACAGCAUUUAUUCUACGUGCAACAUCAUCACGCAUUCCAUAGGAGCUCUGUUCUCCAUCAGCGUGUUCAGCAAGCGGUGGGGCUGGGACGACUCCGUGCUCUGCCUCAUAUCCAUCGUCAGCAAGAUGGUCGGCUCCGUCUUCAUUGCAUUUGUCGCCACUGAUUUCCAAAUGUUUAUGGUUCCUCUGGUUGAAAUACUAAACGCCACUACGUUUACAUCAUUAAGAUCAAUGGCUUCAAAAUUAGUACCCAGUCAAGAAAUGGGAAAAAUGAAUUCUCUCUUCAGUCUUGUGGAAACGCUGGCGGCGCUAGCGUUCGACCCCACCUACACGACGUUGUACGGGGCUACCAUGAAGACAUUCACAGGCGCCGUGUUCCUUUACAGCGCGUGCAACACCUUACCGGCUAUAUCAAUAUUAAUAUGGUUCUUCAGGCAACAUCGCCAAAAAGUAAAGGAGAAAAAAUCUGAAAUAAUAAGCCAGAAACUUGACGUCAUUUGUGCUCCUGUUCCCGAGAAAUCAGUCUAAAAUAAGUAGUUAUUCUAGAGUUAGACCCAGAAAAGACUGCAACGAUUUUGAUAGCCCACGCAGUGCAAGUGUUAUUUUAAACGUCAAAUUUCUAUGAAAUUAUGACGUAGGUAUAAAUAAUACUUGUUCUGCGUGUGCUAUCAAAAUCGCUGCAGAGUUUUCUUGGACUAACUCUAUUAGUGAGGCGAAGCCAUACCAUCGAUAACGAAUGAACAUUUUUCGUCAAUAUCAUGAAACUUCUCGCUCCACAUCACAAUGAUUAAAGCAUUAGUUCUGGGA